AUGGCUAGUGGGCAAAAUCCGCCACUAAAUGAUGAUUUCGCCCUAGUUUCCGAAUUGUUUCUUUAUGUCGGCAAUUUAGAUAAGAAAGUAACCGAUAAGAUAUUAUAUGAAUUAUUUGUUAAGGCUGGUUCAAUAAGUAGGAUUAAUUUGCCUAAAGAUGAUACUACUGGAGACAUUAGAGGAUAUGGAUUUGUGUAUUAUAACAGAAAUGUUUCAGCACUGUACGCAACCGAAUUAUUCAACGGACUACUACUAUUUCAGAAACCAAUGCGUGUCAAUCUUAAUUCUAAAGAGCGUAAAUCGAUU